CAGUGCGCGCAAUCAAAACAUUAGCGCUAGCGUUUACUCUGCAGAUCGCUUUACUCAGUCGAAUUUGGGGCAGUCUUUCUGUCGUUUUAUCUUAAUUAACUUUAAAUUAUCACUCCUGUGCUGUGUGAAAAGUGUAGGUAGCGUGCAGUGACGACGAUGUCCUAAUCUCGGGCUAGCGACAGUUUUAUGGUACCUCAAUUACUGCAGCAAAGAGAGGAGCGUCUGCUGCAGAGUGUGGAAGUUGUGUAAUCUGUCGCCCUAAAUUCCAGCGAGUGUUCUUCUGAUGGAACGUCUGGAGCUGAUUUUAUAGGAUAUCAGGAGAGAUUUCGAAAGUUCGGUGAGAAUCCCAGAAUGGCGUUGAUGAAAUCGUGGAACUUUGUGUUCGUGCUGGUGUGGCUGUCGCUACUUUUUGCAGCCGGUAUUCAUCUGUUUUCCAAGGGAUUCCUGUUGACACGAAUUUCCCAAACCGAUUUCAACACCUGUACGAGAUAUGAAGACUACCGAUGUGAAAAUGAUAAGGAUUAUAAGGAAACCUGCAAUGGUUCGGAGAAGGUGGCUUCCAUCCUGCGAGACGUGAACAAGUCUGCGAACAUUUGCCUUCCGCAGAAAAGCAAAGUUAUUCUGUUGGUGAUCGAUGCCCUUCGGUACGACUUUGGGACGUUCGAUCCGGAUUUGAAGCACCCUCUACCCUAUCAGAACAAGCUGCCGAUAAUGACGGAGUUGAAGAAUCGCUUUCCGGAUCACACUCGUAAGGUGAAGUUUGUGGCUGAUCCACCCACGACCACACUUCAACGAUUGAAGGGCAUGACGACCGGAAGCUUGCCCACGUUUAUCGAUAUUGGGUCGAACUUUGCCUCUCCGGAGAUCAACGAGGACAAUGUGGUGGACCAGUGGGUCAGGAAUAAUAAGACGGCAGUUUUCUUGGGUGACAGCACGUGGACAGAACUGUUUCCAGGAAGAUUCAAGCGGAAAUACGACUACCCUAGUUUUAACAUUCACGAUUUGGAUACGGUGGAUAGGGCUAUUGAAAACUAUCUCCCGCGCGAAAUUACCAAAAAAGAUUGGGAUGUCAUCAUCGGACACUUUCUGGGGGUGGAUCACUGUGGACACCGCUAUGGACCUCUACAUGAUGAGAUGGCAAGGAAGUUGGGAGAAAUGGACGCAGUCAUAAGAAAUAUCACGGAGCAGAUGGAUGACCAAACGACCUUGAUUGUCGUGGGUGACCAUGGUAUGACACAAACAGGUGAUCACGGAGGAGAGUCCUUGGACGAAGUCGACGCCUUGUUCUUCAUGUACUCGAAAGGGACCCCGCUGUUGCCGCAAGAGUACGAUGAGCACAAAACGGCCAUUCAACAGAUUGAUUUGGUUCCACUGCUUUCCUCUUUACUUGGGGUUCCCAUUCCUUACUCAAAUUUAGGACAAAUCAACUUCCAGCUACUUCCGGACACCAGAAUUGAUACGUUUUUGAAGUACCAAUCGGCAAUGCUACAUUUAUGGCAAAAUGCCCGACAGAUCCAGAAUUACUUCCAACAAUACGCCGAAUCCAACAAGGGAACAUUCACGGUAGAUCAGCUGGAUGAUUUCGAGAAUAAAUUCCUCAUGCUUACUCAACGAGUCAACACGGUGUAUACGGAGGCAGCCUUCCAAAGUUUCUCCAAAGAUCUUCGCCUCUACCUGAAGGACAUCUUGGAGAGUUGUCGCGAAAUCUGGGUCAAGUUCGAUGCACAAAUGAUCUCACACGGUCUUCUGGUAACAUUCCUGACUUGCUUUGCCACGUUUAUCUUGAUUGCCAACUCCACUGCUCAUCAACUAGGACAGAUAUUCAACGGACAAGUAAUCUAUUACAUUCUCGUACUGAGCUUCAUGGCAGGAGCGUCCGGAUACUUCUUCCACCGGGAUUUCAACAUGUCCUCGGCUGAGCAUGGCACGAUUUUCUUCGCAUCCAUUGCCUCCAUCGGAAUACUGUUCUUCCUGAUUAUCCAAAACUGGGCAAACAUCACCGAAAACAUCAGCCAAUACAACCACAAGAAGAACUUUGUCACCAGAAUCUCCUUCGCGUUCACAACCUGCGUGUUCUUCUCCAACAGCUUCAUCAUUCAGGAACAGAAAAUAUUGUCCUACGUGCUGAUUGGAUUCUUCCUGCUCGCCAUGUACAACGUUCAAAAGAACAGCCACUUCAAGGUAGUACGUUUCCGAUGGCCCACGUUACGUAAAUCGACCUUCCUGAAGCUGUUGUCGCUUGCACUGUUCGGAAUCUCGUUGGUUCGCUUCUCCAGUAAUUAUUUCCGCUGUCGAGAGGAACAAGGAAACUGCACAGACUACCUAGUAAAGGCUCCAACUCCAGAUGCCAGGCGCAAAACGGGUCCGGAGUUUGAUCUGGUCCCGAUUGUUGCACUCGUUUGCUACAUCAUCUGUGCACGGUACUACCUUAGAGCUUGUGGAAACCUCACAGGGAAUUCCUUCAAUAUCCUUUUGGCACGAUAUGGACCACCGUUAGGUGCGAUUUGUGCUUGCGGACACUUCACCUUGGCCAUGAACAACACCAAAGGUGUCCCUCAGAUUCACGUGGAUGCAUUUGCGUGGACAGUUUACAUCCUUCUGCUGAUACAAAUCGUUACCAUCCUGAUCCGACCACUCAUGAUCUUCAUCCUACCGAAAAAGAAGGAAAUGAUGAACAUCCUUUACGGUGACCAAACCAAUCCGGCUCCUGAGAUCUACAGGCAGCUUCGCGACAGCUACAACUCCAAAUCCACCCCCUCGGAUUCAGACGAAGUCCCGAUCGUUUGCGGCCUAGCCACCGUCUACUCGUCCGUAUUCCUCUCCAUUGGAGUUUUCGUAGUAAUAUUGCUGGCCCUCCUCCUUGGCGCCAACGGAACAGCCGGUCUAAUACUGACCCUCGUCGUCACCAUAAGCUACGGGAUCAUCACCUCCAUUCUGCAGUACGAGAGCUCAACCAAUCUCCUGUCCUGCUUGCAGCCUUCCUUCACGACCCUCCUCGCCUGGAUCAUCCUCAUGCAGUUCGGAUUCUACGCCACGUCCCACCAACCGACCAUGUCGCAAAUCGAUUGGAACGCGGCCUUCGUAGGCCGCACUUGGUACUACGACAACAACAAUGUCAUUUCCGCAGCACUGGUCCUCCUCAACACCUUCUCCGUGACAUUCCUUUUGUGCGUCCUUUUCCCACUGAUCAUCUUCACCCCGUUUUGCGUGUACACCAUGUGGCCCUCGUUAGCCCAAAAAAUCUACCAGAAAUCAUCCAACACAAAACGAAAUGCCAAAAGCUCGCGGAAAACGGACGCCGGGACCGUGGAGUACCGCAGCGUUACGGUCAAUAAGCUGGAGGACGAAGAACGGGAAGAAAACGGGGAGCAAGCAAACGCGAAGGCGAUCGAUUUCGAUGUGACCAAGGGCGAGAUCAAUCUGUACGAGAACGAGAAGCUGUUUUUGGGGAGCGCCUUCAAGACGGCGUGUCAGCUGCUGUUGAUUCAAGGCAUUCGGAUAUUCUGUGCCAUGUUUGCAUGCACUUUGCACUGCCGCCAUCUGAUGGUGUGGAAGAUCUUCGCACCGCGUUUCAUCUACGAAGGCAUCGGUAGCUACGUGGCCUUCAUUGGUCUGAAUCUGGGUUUCCUGCUGCUGCUCCGGAUCCAUCGUGCCGUUAACAAUCUCAUCAGUCAGAUCAACAAGGACCGAUAGACUGUCUAUCCGCCAUGUACCAAGCAAUUGGAGCUUCGAAAUACCACGCGGAACCCAAUAUAAGUCUAGUCCCAUAGACGUAGCCAACGCGGGUGUUGUACGCUGAAAAUUUCAUCCGCAUUUACAAAAAUGUAGAUUAUUAUUUAUUUGAAAUAAAUUUGAGUUCAUGUUUCAUUAUCGUUAUUUAAUAAUUAAAUAUUAGGAAUGCGCAAACUUUCAUUUCCCGUUUCAAUGUAACUCUUAAUCAUUCGAUUUAUUGCACUGUAUGACCUACCCCACCCUGUUGCACUUACGAAAUAAAAAAAGUUAUACAAGUCGUUUCAAUUGAGUCGACAACUGAAAUAA